ACGCUCAACUUCCGCUUCUCUGCCAUUUUGUGAAUGGACGCUGUUGCCAUCGACAUUCUGAAAGCAGACUAAAACAAACCCGAUCCCGAGUCUAAUUCCACACGGUUUACCGCCAGACCGCUCGAGUUCUGACCUACGACGCUUUCCUCAAGGAAGACAACGCGAACAGCCCGUGUUUUCGCCGAGAAUUGACCCAGGAUGUCAGAGGAGCAGUUUGUGGGCGAGGAGGCGCUGGUGAAGAUGGGGGAGAAUGAUGGAGAGGAAGAGAUCCCGGCUGAGGAUGGAGGCCGAGAGGCGGAGGGCUCCAAGAUAGACGCCAGUAAGAACGAGGAGGACGAGGGGAAAAUGUUCGUUGGAGGCUUGAGUUGGGACACAACAAAGAAAGACCUGAAAGAUUACUUCUCUAAAUUUGGAGAGGUGGUCGACUGCACCUUAAAGCUGGAUCCUCUGACGGGACGGUCCAGGGGUUUUGGAUUCGUUCUGUUUAAAGAUGCUGAAAGUGUGGAAAAGGUGAUCGCACAGAAGGAGCACAAACUGAAUGGAAAAGCCAUCGACCCUAAGAAAGCAAAGGCCAUGAAAUCCAAAGAGCCUGUGAAGAAGAUAUUUGUAGGAGGUCUCUCCCCAGAUACUCCAGAAGAGAAGAUCAGAGAGUACUUUGACGCCUACGGAGAGGUGGAAUCCAUUGAGCUGCCAAUGGAGAAUAAAACAAAUAAAAGAAGAGGUUUUUGUUUUAUAACAUUUAAAGAGGAGGAACCAGUAAAGAAAAUUAUGGAGAAGAAGUACCACAACAUCGGUUUAAGCAAGUGUGAGGUGAAGGUGGCCAUGUCGAAGGAACAGUACCAGCAGCAGCAGCAGCAUUGGGGGGGCAGAGGAGGGUACACCGUCAGGGCCAGAGGCAGAGGAGGUCCCAAUCAGAACUGGAACCAGGGAUACGGAAAUUACUGGAAUCAAGGUUAUGGAAAUUACGGGAACUAUGGCUACAACAAUCAAGGCUAUGGUGGAUACGGGGGCUAUGAUUACUCGGGUUACAACAACUACUACGGAUAUGAUCAACAGAGCGACUACGGCAAAUCCCCGAGGCGAGGCGGCCAUCAAAACACUUACAAGCCGUAUUAACCAGAAACAUGCAGGUAUGCUGAUGCGUAGCUCACGCGUGUGCAUUUCUAGUCUCUAAAUCACCAUUUGAUAUUAUUGUAAUGUACAUUGCUUAAUUUUUGUUUUUCUUUAAAGUUUCACAGCACCCUGAAGUGCUUUACAGUAGUGGUAACAUAGAGACUUUUGGCUGUUUCUUGCCUUUUUUGUUUGGUUUUUAACUGUAAAAAUUAACAGGUACAGUACUGCUAAAUGGGUACCAGAAAAUAUGGAAUUACAAGGAAAGAAAGCCGAAGAAUGUUGUCUCCUAACUCUGACAUAUACCUUGUUUGUACCUGCCAGCGGGGACUUCCUUGCAGGCCAUGAGCUGACUUCCCGAUUGUCUCAGGCCCGCUCAAUGCGGACAGGGUACGAGAGGCGUACGCUCUCGAAUGCUCCCAUUUGGUAUGGUCUUCCAACAUCCUGUAUACGAAUUGUAAAAUCAAACAACUGCAGCAACAAAAACUUAAAAAGGACACUUCAAGCUUUUAUCUUCUGUUUUGUUUUGUGUGUACUUUUUUAUUUCCUCUUAAAACCUCUUUGGAUCUUAUGUAAUAAUAUAUUAUAAUGUAAUGGCAUUUUUUCCAGGCACCAUCAAGUAAUGGUAAAAUAUGACACGAGAGCCGGAAAUUAAAAUUAACUGUUCACUUUUUGAAGGAUACGGCUUUCUCUGGGCUUUCCAGUGUUAGUAUGCACUUCUAAUCUUACCUGUAAUGUUUGCUUUUCUUUAUUUGUAGCUCGUAAUAUCCUGUAGUCCUUGAGCUAAAAGCCGGUUUGUUCUCGGAUGCCGCUGCGCUGGAGAAGUGCUUUUUUAUAUUUGUAUUGUGAUUUUCUACUGACAGCGGUGGAAAAAACGGUGUUAAUUUCAUCUAACAGAUUCUCUUUUUCAACCUUUUGAAAUCUUGGAAAGGUCUUAUUGUUAUGCUUGAAAUGCUUUUCCUUUUUGUCCUUUAAUUUCCAUCGAUUCAAGGUUGCGCAUUUAAAUGUUAUGAUUCCACAAGUUUUUAAUCGAACACUAUUGAUUGUAUUUGCUAUUAUUCGAUUUCAAAGCCAUGUCUUGUCUCCCUAUUGAAAUUAUUAAAGAAUUGGGAUUCCUUUACAUUUUAUGAGUGUUUUCUU